AUGGCGACCCUCACUACGACGAUUGCGACUACUGUCACAGCAGCCAGUAGUGCUGUCAGCGCCACUUCUACAAAUCGCGCCGCCCCUCAGGGUGGAAUUUUAGAAGGCGGAAACCCUACUGUCUACAAUCCUUCAAAUCCUAUUGUUUUGUUCAUCAUUCAGGCGGGCAUCAUCAUUAUCUUCUGUCGUCUUCUUCAUUACCCUUUAUCCAAGCUUCGGCAACCUCGAGUCAUUGCAGAAGUAAUAGGCGGAAUCAUUUUGGGUCCUUCAGUCAUGAUGCGCAUUCCUGGGUUUCAAGAAACUAUAUUCCCCGUUGCCUCGAUGCCGGUUUUGAACAUGGCCGCCAAUCUCGGAUUGAUACUCUUUCUUUUCCUUGUUGGUCUAGAAGUUAAUAUGCGACUUUUCCUUGGUAACUGGAGAGUAGCCCUGAGUGUUGGAUUGGCCGGAAUGAUAUUGCCUUUUGGCUUGGGUUGCGCCGUCGCUUACGGUCUCUAUAACGAGUUUCGACAUGAUCCGGGAACUGUGCCUAUCUCAUUUCCGGUCUAUAUGCUAUUCGUCGGCACAGCUCUUGCGAUCACAGCUUUCCCUGUCCUCUGUAGAAUCCUUACCGAGUUAAACCUCCUCGCUACACCCGUCGGAGUCACAGUUCUCGCUGCUGGAGUUGGUAAUGAUGUGACAGGAUGGAUUCUUUUAGCCCUUUGCGUUGCCUUGGUCAAUAACGGAUCGGGGCUCGCAGCGUUAUGGGUGUUGCUCGUUUGUGUUGGCUGGUGUCUUUUCUUAGUGUACGCUGUUCGUCCUGUGUUUAGGUAUAUUCUUCGCCGCAACGGAAGUCUUGAAAAUGGCCCCUCUCAAGGAAUGGUUGCUCUCACAAUACUAAUUGUCCUGGCAUCGUCUUGGUUUACUGCUAUCAUUGGAGUUCACGCUAUUUUUGGAGCCUUUCUCGCUGGACUCAUAUGUCCCCAUGAAGGUGGUUUUGCUAUUCAUCUCACAGAAAAGAUCGAAGAUCUAGUCGCAGUGCUACUUCUACCACUUUACUUCGCCUUGUCUGGAUUGAGUACCAAUCUUGGUCUACUGAACGAUGGAAUGACAUGGGGCUAUGUUAUUGCAAUCAUUGUUGUUGCAUUCUCAGGCAAAAUCAUCGGAGGUACGCUUGCGGCCAAAGCUUGUAGGCUUGUCUGGCGUGAAAGUCUCAGUAUUGGAGUUUUGAUGAGUUGUAAAGGUCUCGUUGAAUUGAUUGUCCUUAAUAUUGGUUUACAAGCCAAAAUUUUGUCGACAAGGACUUUCACCAUAUUUGUUGUGAUGGCACUUGUCACAACCGUUGCCACAACGCCGUUAACAACCGCACUAUACCCGCCUUGGUACCAGAAGAAACUCGAGGCCUGGAAGAAAGGAGAAAUUGAUUGGGAAGGUAACAGACUUCACCCUGAAGGUGAUGAGUAUACUCCAGACCGAUCUUUGGAAAAGCUGGACUCUACUCAAGUCCGACGACUUCUUGUCUACCUCAGACUUGACAGUCUUCCUAGCUUGUUCACUUUCAUUGCACUAUUGGGGGGUGAUAAUACGAGUACGGUUACCAAAGUUCACAGGUCGAAAGCCGAAUUGGAAACAGUAGAUGAGGAUGGUACUCCUUCAUCAUUAAUUCCAAAAAAACAGCCGCUUGAGGUCCAUGGUGUUCGCCUGUUAGAACUCACUGAUCGUACUUCCUCAGUCAUGGCUGAAGUUGACGAAUACACACACCGUGAUCCAGUCGUCAACGCCUUCCGCACCUUUGCUCAACUAAAUAACGUUGCCGUCUCAGGUGGUGUUUCCGUCGUUCCUGAGUCGGAUUAUGCCGAGGCUUUGACCACACAAGCAGCAGACAACUUUUCCGAUCUAGUUCUCAUCCCUUGGACCGAACCUAGUAUGCUACCAGUCAACGAAGUUCAUCAUGAUUCAUUUUCCAGCGGCCUUCAGGAUAUUUUUAUACAGAAGACGCUUGAGAUCGCUAGCUGCAAUAUUGCCAUUUUUGUCAAUCGUGGCUUUGGUGGACCAACCCUGAGGGAGCCUCGCAAUCUCUCAUCAAGUGCUAGUCGACUCAGUCUUCGCAGUAGUCAACGUGCAGAAAGAGUUGCUCCUAUUGCAGAUCGCAGUCACCACGUUUAUUUUCCAUUUUUCGGUGGCGCUGAUGAUCGUGUCGCUCUUCGUUUUGUUCUUCAACUUGCGCAAAACAAUAACAUCACAGCAACUAUCAUUCAUUUUAUCACUCCUAUUCAUAGUCCCAAGACAUUUGAAGUAAAGCAUGGCUCUCGUCCAGCUACUGCUACCGGUUCUCAACAUGGUGGUAGUUCUGGAUCGGCGUUACGUAUCACGGAGCGUGUCGAUACUGAGGAGCUUUACAAUGCAGCUGCGUCCGACACCGCUCUUCUACAUACAUUACGAGACUCCUUACCUCAACCAUUGACGAAUAGAGUAGUUUUUGUCGAUGUUAAGACUACAACCCCAUUGACCGAUUGUUUACAUCAUGCAAAGGUUGAAAUGGGUCAAAGUCCUCGCAAUGCAGGAGACUUAAUUGUUACAGGCAGAGGUAGAAGCUCACUCGCUAUGGCGCUAAUUAAUGAGGAGAGUGCCAGUGGGGAGAGCGGAAAGGAAAUGAAGAAGACUGUUGGAGUGGCGGCGGAGGCGUUGAUUAGCAGUGGAGUUAGAGGAAGUGUUUUGGUCAUUCAAGCUGGAGGGCGAGGUCUGGAAAGCUGA